AUGCUGAAAACGCUCGGUGCGCUCGCCGCCCUCGCUGUGGCAGGAGCAGCCCCGGUCCCCACCCUCGACACGCGCGAGUACCCCUCCCUCUCGUACUACGGGUACAUGAACCAGCCCUCGUCCCCUGCGACUUCCACAGCCCGACUGCCCGUGAUCAACAAGGCCUCGCAGCCCAUCGAGUUCCACGACGCCAGUAACGAGGGCGCCGUGAAUGCGAACAAGGCGCGCGCAGCCCUGAUGCGCGCCGAAGGCCUGUCGCACAAGACAUGGGAGGUUAGCACCUUUUUCCAAGCGAAAGCCGAGCUCUACGGCGUCACGGAGCACAACUGGAGCAGCAAGGCCUUUGCGGCACAGCAGCCCGGCGACCCCGCCGUGCGCGAGGCGACGGACAAGCUCGGCGCCCUCCUCGACAUUGCCGGCGAUGGGUAUCUCGUCAACUCGGACCGGGGGUCCCAGGCAGACGUGUUCAGCCUGGUGCCCGCCGUCUGGGCGAGUGGGAAGCAGGACGCGGCGAAGAACAUGAUCGCCUGGCUGCGCACGCAGGGCGUGCGCUCUGGCGAUAUCUAUAGCCACCGCGGCGACCGCCAGUCCCUCUGGAGCGACGAGGGGUACAUGAUCCCGCCCGUGCUCGCCUUCCUGGGUCUGGUGCAGGACGACGCCUCCCUCCUCUCCGAAGCGCUCGAGCAGUGGACCAAGGUCGCGGACGCGCUCGCCGACGAACGGGGAACGUUCCGGCACGUCCCCUCUGAAUUCGACCCGCACGCCUGGACCUCGGGCACGGGGUGGAUGCUCAUGGGCCUUGCGCGCGUCUUCGCCUCGAUCACCGAGGCCGGGCACGAGGCCGAGUUCACGGCCCAGAUCAAUGUCGCCAAGGACAAGGCGCGCCGCGCGCUCUUCGCCGCGUACGGCGCACAGACACCCGACGGGCGCAUCCCGAACUACUCGGACCGCGACUCGCCCGCCGAGACGGCCGGCACGGCGGCGGUCACCGCCGCGUACUACCGCUUGCUGCUCCAGCACCCCUCCACGUUUGGGGACGAGUGGCUCUUCGCCGCGGCUGAGAAGGCGUACGACGGCGUCAUGAAGCAGGUGUCCGACGACGGAACCGUCAGCGGCUGCGUCGACCCGAGCGGGGCCGACUUCAACAAUGCCAAUAUCUCUGAUUCGCCCGAGGGACACGCCUUCGUUCCGCUCAUGUGGGCCGCGAGGAAUGCUUGGCUUGGCCACCAUCCUGAUGGUAAGUUGCCGAAGGGGCAGCAGGAGCAGACCGGGGCUGCUGUCUAA